CUGCCACCAUUCAUUAUUCCAAUUAAGUAUUCUAUAAAAUCCAUACACACAACGGUCCACUACACAAGCUCUCGGUCAUAGCAAAAAUACUCCCAAGUGGAAACCAACUAGGCAAGUCUUACCAUUAUGUUGCAGAAAAAGGAGCCUAAGCUUCCCAGCCCUCCUGUCUAUCAAAGAUAUGCAAAACUUGCUUACCAUGGCUUUAUGAGGUACAUCCUUAGAUUCAUUUUCAUUGUACCCAUUCUACUUCCCAUCCUCAAACAAGCCAUUCAUCUUGGCCCUUCUGGGCUCCUCAACCAAUGCACUCAUCUCCCCUUCACUUCUCUCAAAAUUGCCAUCCCCGCAUUCCUCUUGAUCUACUUGGCCACUUUGUACAUCAUGUCAAGACCUCACAAAGUUUAUCUAGUUGACUAUUCAUGUUUCAAGCCCCCUUGCAUGUGCCGAGUCCCGUUCUCCCGCGCAGCCGAGCAUGCGACGCUCAUGAUGCCCGACAACCUUAAGAGUGUCCGUUUCACGAUGAGAAUCUUUGAGCGCUCCGGUCUCGGGGAGGAGACAUGUCUCCCCCCGGCUAUGCACUACCUCCCGCCCACUCCCACGAUUACGAAUGUGCGGGAGGAAGCCCAGAUGGUCAUCUUUUCGGCAAUGGACGACCUUCUGGCUAAAACUCAGCUAAACCCUAAGGACAUUGACAUCCUUAUCAUCAAUUGUAGCUUAUUCUCCCCAACUCCUUCAAUGAGUGCCAUGGUGGUCAACAAGUACAAGCUCCGGUGCAACGUGAAGACGUUCAGCCUCUCCGGGAUGGGGUGCAGCGCGGGGCUAAUAUCGCUAGAUUUAGCCCGGGAUUUGCUCAAGACGUACCCGAACUCGAACGCGGUCGUCAUCAGCACCGAGAUUCUCACCGGGAACUCCUACAUGGGGAAGGAGAGAUCCAUGCUCCUCCCAAACUGUCUGUUUCGUAUGGGAGGAGCAGCGAUUCUCCUGUCCAACAGGAGAGCAGACCGUGGACGAGCCAAGUACCGGCUCCUCCACGUGGUCCGGACUCACCAUGGCCACAAAGAGGACUCCUACAAAUGCGUACUCCAACAGGAGGACACCGAAGGGUUCGUCGGGAUAAACCUCUGCCUAAACCUAAUGGAAGUCGCCGGGGAGGCGCUGAAGUCGAACAUCACGACGAUCGGGCCGCUGGUCCUGCCGGUCUCCGAGCAGAUCCUGUUCGUGCUCUCCCUCAUAACCCGGAAGCUGUACAGGUCGAAGAAGCUGAAACCCUACGUGCCGGACUUCACGCAGGCGUUCGAGCACUUCUGCAUCCACGCCGGCGGGCGGGCGGUGAUCGACGAGCUGCAGAAGAGGCUGAACCUGUCGGCGGAGCACGUGGAGGCGUCGAGGAUGACGCUGCACAGGUUCGGGAAUACGUCGUCGUCUUCGCUGUGGUACGAGAUGAGUUACAUCGAGUCGAAGGGGAGAAUGAAGAGAGGGGACCGGGUCUGGCAGAUCGGGUUUGGGAGUGGGUUCAAGUGUAACAGUGCGGUUUGGGUGUGUCAUAAUACCAUUAAUUCCCCUCUGCCGGACAGCCCGUGGGCCGACUGCAUUCAUCAAUACCCUGUCCACAUUCCGGAAGUGGUCAAGCUAUAGCCGUCCGUCCAUUUUCUGAUUGCCAGAAUUAUCUAAAUACGAAGGAUAAUUUAAUUAUAAUUACUUAAAUUUGAUUUUCUGAUAUAUUCGACCAUCUCUUGGAUCUAUUUGGUCUUCGUCUAUAGUCUUGAUUCUACGAAUUAUAUGACAAAUUGUAUGGUACUCUCAAUGUAUCAUACCUUGUUUGGAGCUAUUAUUAGAAUUUUACAAUUACAUAAUUUAAAUAUAAGUUAAUCAGGAAUUAAUGAAUUAGACCAAUCAAAUA